AUUGAUUUAUUAUUCAUUGUUAUGGCUUCUGGUGCAACAAGAACUCAGUUGUUUGUAAUAUAAAACGGAAGGAAUUUUUACUUUAUUGAAUAUUUUAAUAUUUUACUAUAAUUUUGUUUUUGGUUUUUUAUGAUACACGAAUUCUUUUUACAAAAUUUAAUAAAAGGAGGAUUGUCACCUUUCGGAAGGUUUUACGCGGUAACAGCUAUAUGCAAUAAAUGACAUAAGGUCAAAAAUAUGAAGGAUAUAUACUAUAUCUCCUCUAUGCAUAUAAAUAUAAUCCGAGCAGAUAUAAAAACUUUGUAACUCAUCUUAAACGAUCAUCAAAAAUGAGUCGUAGAAUACGAGAAGAUAUAUCGAUUAGUUUGUUUGGUCCGAAAAUGAUCACUGUUGCAUUAUUUCUAGUUUUGUUUUAUUUUCAUGAUCAGUUAGGUUAUUCGGUGGCACAACUUCAGUUUGGAUUCUACUCAGAAACAUGUCCAUCAGCAGAAUCAAUCGUUCGUGAUGUUGUUCAACAUGCGGUGACCAACGACCCCGGAAAGGCUGCUGUCUUACUCCGUCUCCAGUUCCACGAUUGCUUCGUUGAGGGUUGUGAUGGGUCAAUACUAAUCAAGCAUGAUGGGAACGAUGACGAAAGGUUUGCUGCGGGUAACGCGGGUGUGGCUGGUUUCGAUGUUAUAGACGAAGCCAAAUCAGAGCUUGAACGUCUUUGUCCGGGGAUUGUGUCUUGCGCCGACAUCGUUGCUCUUGCUGCUAGAGACGCUAUUGCUGAGGUAAAAGGACCAUUUUAUGAGGUUCCAACCGGUCGGAGAGACGGUCGGAUUGCAAAUGUUGGUCAUGCUACAAACUUGCCAGAUGUUCAAGAUUCCAUAAACACUUUGAAAUCAAAAUUUAGAGAAAAAGGGCUUUCAGAUCAAGAUCUUGUACUUCUUAGUGCUGGUGCACAUACUAUUGGUACAACCGCUUGCUUCUUCGUCAUACCACGUUUAGAUGCUCAAGAUCCUACCAUAAAUCCAGAAUUCUUUCAAAUCCUAAGGUCAAAAUGUCCCCAAGGCGGAGAUGUUAAUGUCAGGAUUCCGUUGGACUGGGAUAGCCAGUUUGUGUUUGAUGACCAAAUCUUGCAAAACAUCAAAAAUGGCAGAGGUGUCAUUCUAUCGGACUCUGUCUUGUACCAAGACAAUAGUAUGAAAAAAAUCAUUGAUUCGUACCUAGAAACUAAUCAAAGUUCAAAGGCUAAUUUUGCUGCGGAUUUUGUUAAAGCCAUGGUAAAGAUGGGUGCUAUCGGAGUGAAAAUCGGUGUUGAAGGAGAGAUUAGACGUUUAUGCAGUGCUACAAACUAGUUUUUAAGAUCUCAUGUAUAGUUAAGUAUAUAAUCCGAGUAUGUUAGAAUAUUAAAAUAAACAAUUUUUUUUUCUGCAACAAAUUUGAGUUAUUAAAAGAUAUUUAUACGAGUUA